GUAAAAUCACAGGGAAAACUUCAAGGUGGUAAAACUUCAGUUUGGUUUUGCAAAGUGGCUUUUCCUCUGUUUUUAUCGCUACAUUUCAUCAAAUAAUUCAUUCAGUAAUGUGUUAAGAAUAUCCUAGAGACCCUAAAGAAGCUGGAUAGAUAGAAAUUUUAGAAAGGGGGUGAAAAAGAACAAAACUCCAACGAAUUUGGGUAUCAAAUUGCAACUUAACCUCACUUUGGGGUCAAAAGAAAACAUCAAAGAGGCAGGAAAGGGAAAACUUGUGUGAAAAUGGAUCAAAUGCUACCGAGUCCGGGGUUCUCAAUACCCAGCAUAGGUACACCGGUGCAUCAGCCAGAGGAGGAUCAGCAAAUCCUCCCAAAUGCUUAUCAACAUCAGCAGCAGAUGCAACAGAUGCCGCCCGGACCAUCACUGGGCGGCAGUUCCUUUGGGAAUACAUCGUCGAGUGUUUCGGGAAUGGGGGUGCCCCCACUGCUGCCGGCACCCACGAAAAGUAUGCAUUCCUUCACACCAAGCUACGUGACACCGCAGAGUAUGAUGCAGCCACAGACACCACAGAGUAUGAUGGCAUCAAUGACGCCCGUGACGGAGAAUAGGGCUGAUAGUGUUAAUAUCCACCAAACUAUGGGGCCUGCCACACCAAUGACCCCCAUGACACCCGGUCCAGCUGAUUCGGGUAUCAUUCCACAGUUGCAAAAUAUCGUAUCAACAGUUAAUUUAAACUGCAAAUUAGACUUAAAGAGAAUCGCCCUCCAUGCAAGGAAUGCAGAAUACAACCCAAAGCGUUUUGCAGCUGUUAUAAUGCGUAUCCGGGAGCCACGUACAACAGCCCUGAUCUUCUCAUCGGGAAAAAUGGUGUGUACGGGUGCAAAGAGCGAAGAGGAUUCCCGAUUAGCUGCCAGGAAGUAUGCGAGAAUUAUCCAAAAGCUUGGAUUUACGGCAAAAUUUCUGGAUUUUAAAAUUCAAAAUAUGGUGGGAAGUUGCGAUGUGAAGUUCCCCAUUCGUCUUGAAGGUCUCGUUCUCACACACUCCAAAUUCAGUUCGUAUGAACCUGAAUUAUUUCCCGGACUCAUCUACCGAAUGGUUAAACCUCGAAUAGUUUUGCUCAUCUUCGUGUCCGGGAAGGUUGUACUGACGGGAGCAAAAGUACGACAGGAGAUUUACGAUGCCUUCGACAAUAUCUACCCAAUUCUAAAGAGCUUCAAGAAGCAGUAAAACGUAAGUCAUGAAUUUUCUCUUUUUUUCACAUUAAGCGACUGUUAUUAAAAUAUUUUUACGAGAAA